CUUCCGUCCUCCUCUCUCGCUUCCAUCUUGCUAUCCGCGUGUGUUUGCUGCUAGCGUGCAGGUCAGUGAGGAGCUCUAAAAUAUACUCUAUUUCCUGCACAACCACUCCUGGUUCCGAGGCUCAAGAUGAAAGAAACUAUAAUGAACCAGGAGAAAUUAGCCAAGAUGCAGGCACAAGUCCGCAUCGGUGGAAAGGGUACCGCCCGCAGAAAGAAGAAGGUGGUCCACAGAACAGCCACUGCAGAUGACAAGAAGCUCCAAUUUUCCCUGAAAAAGUUGGGAGUAAAUAACAUCUCUGGCAUCGAGGAGGUGAAUAUGUUCACAAACCAGGGCACAGUGAUUCACUUCAACAAUCCUAAAGUACAAGCCUCACUGGCAGCUAACACCUUCACCAUCACAGGCCACGCAGAGACCAAGCAGCUGACCGAGAUGCUGCCCUCUAUCCUCAACCAGCUUGGCGCUGACAGCCUGACUAGUCUGCGCAGACUCGCAGAGGCUCUACCCAAACAAGUUGGUGAUGGAGAGGCACCCGUAGCUGGUGGAGAGGAAGAUGAUGAUGAAGUUCCAGAUCUUGUUGAGAAUUUCGAUGAGGCUUCAAAGAACGAGGCAAAUUAACUUGAUGGGAAGGAAAGGCGGUUGAAAUCUCCGGUCUCUGAGACAUGUGGGACUUUUUUUUUUUUCCCCUUUUUCUUUUAUAAAUAUAUUGCAUCUCCUGAAUCUUGUGCACUGCUGUGACCCAUUUGUGUCCAAGCUGAGAGUGUGAGAUUGUUUGUACCACACAGCUUCAUGCACAGUGUGUUUGUUUGCUUGUGUGGUCCAAGAGGCAUCUUUGCCUCCACCUUCCCUGUUAAUAAGGCUCACUUGUUUGCAGCCUAUUUGAAUCAACAUCUGGAAAUAAACAUUUGUUAUUGACUAAAAGCUUACUAAA